AUGUUAGGUCUUGGUGCAAGUGUGCAUAAGUUAAGUCACAAAGAAGUCACAAAUAUUAAAUAUAAGGUUCAUGGACCUAUGGAAGUGCACCUUAUUGGAAAUUCAGAUUUAAAAUUAGAUAUCUCAGAAUCCAUAUCUUAUUUAGUAAAGCAAAAUGUUGAGAACGAUAUUAUUGAGGAAAUCUGUAAGUUUCUCCUUCCAUUUCAAAAAUUACUUGCUAAAGAAGCUUGCGCUGUUAAUAAUAGGCUGGAAAAAGGAAAAGAUACUCUGAGUUUAAUCUCUCUCAAUUGUUAUUGCAUAUUUUGCAAUCGAUACUUGUUGCUGUGUAAGCAUAUUUUUCAUGAGCAUAUGUAUAGCAAUAAGCUAUUAACUAGUGAUGUAUGGAAGGCAUUUCAAGAAAUGUUUGAAGAAAAUGGGUUUGAGAUAUAUGAAAGUCAGGAAUCAUUCAUAGAAUAUAUGCAAACUAAACAACAAAAAGAAACUGAAAAUCAGAGAAUUGACAUGACUGAAUUAACUAAAAGAGUGCAUGAUAGAUAG